CGGCACUGCGACUGCGACUCGAGGCUCAGAGAUUGGAAAGGCGCGGGGCAAAUUGCGAGCCUUAGUAACCGCGUGCUCGAGACAGGCCGGAUAUGGAAAUGCUUUCGUGGCCGAGAGAAAUUUCCAAGAGCCCGCAGACUGGCAAGUGAAGAGUCGAGUAAUAUAUAAGUCUUUCCCUGGCGCUGUGUAUAUUACCACGCCAACUCAAUAGCCUCAUCACUUCUCCUCAUUCUUACCUCACCAACCAAGACAGUCCCAAAGCACGACCUGGCCGAGUAAGAUGAAGCUCAACGCACGAGGUGGAGUCUCAAUCCUUGAGCUUGGAGUCUUCCUUCCCUCCCUCGCCAUCGCAACUAUCAUUUGCAGUCGUCAUGGCUUUGGUCGUUCAUCCGGAUGGGUGUUUACCUUGAUACUGUGCCUGGUGCGCAUCAUCGGCGCCUGCUGUCAGCUCGCAACAUAUCAUGAUCAGUCCCAAGGCUUGCUAGAGGCAACCAUCAUUCUCGACUCCAUCGGCAUAUCCCCUCUGUUGCUUGCCACCCUUGGUUUACUAUCUCGAUGUGUCGAUUCUAUCAAUUCCACAUCGAAACCCAUGUUAGGCGCGGUACAUUUCCGUGUGAUCCAGCUCUUCAUCACCGUGGGUCUGAUUCUGAGCAUCGCUGGUGGUACCAGUAGCGUCUCGUCCACGGGCGUGUACAAGACGCAGACAACCUCAGAGGUUGGGAUUGUCCUCUACAUCAUCGCGUACAUGGCGCUGCUCUUUGUGGCUUUCGUGUCACUGUCGAAUGUCUCUAACAUUGCGUGUGGAGAGAGAUGGCUGUUCUGGGCAGUGGUCACCGCUAUGCCAUUGAUAUUGGUCCGACUGGUCUAUUCUCUGCUGCUCGUGUUUCAUCACAGCCACACCUUCAACGUUCUCUCAGGCUCGGUCACAGUGCUUGUGGUCAUGGCUGUCGUGGAGGAGAUUCUUGUCACUUUCAUCUACCUUUUCGUUGGCUGGAAAACCGAGGCUGCUCCGAAGUCAUACGCUCGCCCAAUAGAGAGCCGACCGUGGAAGAGAAGCGCUGCCCAACCUGCUGCAUCAGCUGCUGGUACUGAGAGGCAAGGACGCCAUGGGAUCAGACAAGGUCCGAUUCACCAACUGGUUGGCCUGGCUGUCGCAGCGGCACGAGGAGAUGAAGAGCAUGGAGGAAGAUAGGAAGGCCAAACUAGAAGUCAGCGAAAAGCUAGGUUUCGGGAUGACUGAGCACGAGAAGAAGAAGACUCGGGAGGAACUUGGAAAUUGUUAAAUAAGAUGAUAUGGGAAGACGGAAAGAAGACAGUGUGGAAGGGAAAGCCCACUGGAAAGCCUAAGGCUAGGUUGUAUCGGGGAUUUCCUUAGUCAGCCAACCCUCAACGAUCACCAAGAUUAUCACC